CCAAGCUGGGCGGGUCCUGCGCUCUGGCCUUCGCGCAUCUCCCGGGUUAGCUGCGUGUCCGGGUGCUAGGCUGCAGACCGGCCGCCAUGACGCUGUGCGCAGCCGUGUUCGACCUUGACGGGGUGCUGGCGCUGCCAGCGGUCUUCGGCGUCCUCGGCCGCACGGAGGAGGCCCUGGCGCUGCCCAGAGGACUUCUGAAUGAUGCUUUCCAGAAAGGGGGACCAGAGGGUGCCACUACCCGGCUUAUGAGAGGAGAGAUCACACUUUCCCAGUGGAUACCACUCAUGGAAGAAAACUGCAGGAAGUGCUCCGAGACCUCUGAAGUCUGUCUCCCCAAGAAUUUCUCUGUAAAAGAAAUCUUUGACAAGGCGAUUUCAGCCAGAAAGAUCAACCGCCCCAUGCUCCAGGCAGCUCUCAUGCUCAGGAAGAAAGGAUUCACAACUGCCAUCCUCACCAACACCUGGCUGGAUGACCGUGCUGAGAGAGAUGGCCUGGCCCAGCUGAUGUGUGAGCUGAAGAUGCACUUUGACUUCCUGAUAGAGUCGUGUCAGGUGGGAAUGGUCAAACCUGAACCUCAGAUCUACAAGUUUCUACUGGACACCCUGAAGGCCAGCCCCAGUGAGGUCGUAUUUUUGGAUGACAUCGGGGCUAAUCUGAAGCCAGCCCGUGACUUGGGAAUGGUCACCAUCCUGGUCCAGGACACUGACACGGCCCUGAAAGAACUGGAGAAAGUAACCGGAAUCCAGCUUCUCAAUAUCCCGGCCCCUCUGCCAACCUCUUGCAAUCCAAGUGACAUGAGCCAUGGGUACGUGACAAUAAAGCCUGGGGUCCGUCUGCAUUUUGUGGAGCUGGGCUCCGGCCCUGCUGUGUGCCUCUGCCAUGGAUUUCCUGAGAGCUGGUAUUCUUGGAGGUACCAGAUCCCUGCUCUGGCCCAGGCGGGUUACCGGGUCCUAGCUAUGGACAUGAAAGGCUAUGGAGAGUCGUCUGCUCCUCCUGAAAUAGAAGAAUAUUGCAUGGAAGUGUUAUGUAAGGAGAUGGUAACCUUCCUGGAUAAAUUGGGCCUCUCUCAAGCAGUGUUCAUUGGCCAUGACUGGGGAGGCAUGCUGGUGUGGUACAUGGCUCUCUUCUACCCCGAGAGAGUGAGGGCGGUGGCCAGUUUGAAUACUCCCUUCAUACCAGCAAAUCCCAACGUGUCCCCUUUGGAGAGUAUCAAAGCCAACCCAGUAUUUGAUUACCAGCUCUACUUCCAAGAACCAGGAGUGGCUGAGGCUGAACUGGAACAGAACCUGAGUCGGACUUUCAAAAGCCUCUUCAGAGCAAGUGAUGAGACUGUUUUAUCCAUGCAUAAAGUCUGUGAAGCGGGAGGACUUUUUGUAAGGAGCCCAAAAGAGCCCAGCCUCAGCAGGAUGGUCACUGAGGAGGAAAUCCAGUUCUAUGUGCAGCAGUUCAAGAAAUCUGGUUUCAGAGGUCCUCUAAACUGGUACCGAAACAUGGAAAGGAACUGGAAGUGGGCCUGCAAAAGCUUGGGACGGAAGAUCCUGAUUCCGGCCCUGAUGGUCACGGCGGAGAAGGACUUCGUGCUCGUUCCACAGAUGUCCAAGCACAUGGAGGACUGGAUUCCCCACCUGAAAAGGGGACACAUUGAGGACUGUGGGCACUGGACACAGAUGGACAAAAUGCUCUCCAUUUCCAUCCGUGUUGCUGCGAGAGAUAAGAUUUCAUUCUUUUUUUUGUGGCUGUAUAGUAAAAAUAUGUUAUUUUUAUGUCAUGAUUACAAAGGGAAUAGAUUACAAGUAUAUUCCCCUCUGCUAAAAGAAAUUGGCGCUUUGAAAAGAGGUCCAGCAGUCUUCAUAUUCUCUCUCACACCCUCCAGCAGUGGGUUGUGCUGCUCCCGGGAGGAGGCUGAGAUCAUUCACAUAUUCUGUCAAGGAAGGACCACUUAGUGGCUGUCAAUUAGCAACAUCCAAGGUUUCCAGGAGACCCGUCUUCUAAAAAGUGAGUCUAUUAGACUAGACAGGACAAAAAGCUAUUUCUGUCUGUCUUGGGGUAUAGGGAACCCAUGGUUUUAGACCUUGACAUGACUGUCCGCCAGUUUCCAUAUCAUUCACAGCCACAUUGCCAUCAACACAAAUUAAAAGCAAACAAUGGUUAAAAUAUCAGAGGCUCAAAGCGUUUUUUCCAACAGGAAUUGGGUGACAAAUAUUAUGCCUCACUGUUCAAAGGACUCCAUCUGGCCACAAAUGAUAAAAUACUUUCUUGCCUGAGUAAUUGUAGAGUGUCAACUCCAGCACCCAAAUGUGUAACUGUCUGUCUCCCUGUUAGACUGUGAAGGCCCUGAAAUCGAAGGCUGCCUGUCUUAAGUAAUUCGUCCUGAAACCCAACCCAGCACUGGCCUGGCAUAUUGAAAAUGCUCAUUAGAUGUUUGCUGAAUAAAUUGGAGAGUAAAUGCAUAAACGGGUGAAUGGACAAAUGCAUUAGUUUCAAGUUAAAAUAAUUAAAAUUUGGUCGGGCAUGGUGGCUCACACCUGUAAUCCCAGCACUUUGGGAGGCCAAGGUGGGCAGAUCACCUGAGGUCAGAGGUUCGAGACCAGCCCAGCUAAUAUGGCAAAACCCCAUCUCUACUAAAAAUACAAAAAUUGGCUAGAUGUGGUGGUGAGCACCUGUAAUCUCUGCUACUCGGGAGGCUGAGGCAGAAGAAUCACUUGAACCCAGAGGCAGAGGUUGCAGUGAACCGAGAUCACGCCAUUGCACUCCAGCCUGGGCGACAAGAGGGAAAUUCCAUCUCUAUAAAUAAAUAAAUAGCCUAAUGUCCUCGAGGUUCAUUCAUGUUGUCACAUGUGUUGGAAUUUUCUUUCUUUUUAAGGCCAAAUAAUAUUCCAUUGUAUGUAUAGACCACGUUUUGUUUACCUACUCAUUCAGCAAUGGGCACUUGGAUGGCUUCCAUAUUUUGGCUAUUAUGAAUAAUACUCUGAGCAUCAGUGUACACAUAUCUCUUUAGGGCUCUGAAUUCAGUCCUUUUGGGUAUAUAUAAAAAAAUGGAAUGGCUAGAUUAUAUUGUAAUUUCUGUAUUUAAUAUUUUGAAGAACCACCAGAUGGUUUUCCAUAGCUGGUUUCCAUUUUCUGUUUUUUUAAUAUAUAGAAUGGCCAUGUGAUAUCCCAUGAUGGUUUUAUUUGAAUUUCCCUAAUUAUUAGUGAUGUUGAAUAUCUUUCAUGUGCUUAUUGAUCAUCUAUAUAUAUCUUUGAAAUGUCCAUUCAAGUCCUUUGCCCAUUUUUUGUUGGGUGGUUUUGUGUUGUUGUUGAAUGUUAAAUCUUGCAUAUUCUGGAUAUUUAUCCCUUAUAAGAUAUAUGAUUUACAAAUAUACUCUCCCAUUCUGUGGGUUAGAUUGUGUAGGGAUGGAAGGUAUGAUACUUCUUCUCACCCAUCGUAAGGGUCACGGCUGAUUCUUCCAUAGCAAAAGACAGUAAACAAGGGAAAAGCCUACCACAUUUAUUUAAUCACAAUUUUACAUGACAAGGGAGACUUCAGAAAUGAAGACCCAGGAAAACUGUCUAUUUUCAUGCUUACGUUCUAUGAAGAAUGGACGGUCCAGUGGAAAAGUGAUUGGACGAAAGGCUAUGACCUCAUUGUAAUAGACUAAGGGGGAACCCAGCAAGGCCUGUGUGUUCAGAUUCUUCUUGGCCUUUCCGUAUAGCAUUCCUUCCUCCCAGGUAUAGGGCAGGACCCCUCUGGAAUGAGGGUCUUCGAGGGAGAGGGGAGAAAGUGAUCUAAGUUUUCUGGCUUGCUUUGGGGGAGAGGAGAUCUAGAGUCUAUGACCGCCUCGGGGGAAGAGGAAUUCUAGUUUCUGUGAUCCCGUUUCAGGGAAGAAAGAGGACCAGAGACAGAAGGGCAGGAGAAGGUCCAAUAGCCCAUGCUUUAAGGCCCUUCCAAUGUGACUAUGUGGGCUUAUGUCAGAGUUUCAAAGACAGAAACUUUUUUUUUUUUUUGAGACAGAGUCUC